CACGGCGGGGUCCCAGGACGCCAGGCUGGGGGCGGGGACCGCGGCGGGGGGGGGCCCAGUGCGCCGGGCUACGGGGGGGCGCGGCGGCUGCGGGCGGCGGCCGGCAGGGGGCGCGGCGCCGGCAGCCGGGAGGGAGCGCGCGGGGAGCGAGCGCAAGACGCGCGGCGGCGGCAGCGGCGGCGGCGACGCGCGCGCCCAGCCCACCCCCCGCGCCCGCCGCCGCCGCCGCCGCCCGGACAAUAAACAGCCGCGCGCGGGGCGAUGCCCGAGCCGGUGCCGCCGCCCCCGCGCCGCGCAGCCCCGGCCGCCAGGCCUUAGCCCUCCAGGCCUCCCCCCACCACUGCCCGGCCCGCCGCCGCCCCCCACCCCGAGCCCCCCGCCCCCGCGCCCGCCCGGCGCCCGCCCCCGCCCAGCAUCGCGGACCCACCCGGACCUCGGCGUGGAGAUGGAGGUCCUGGCGGCAGAGACCGCAUCCCAGCAGGAGCGGCUCCAGGCCAUUGCAGAGAAGCGGAGGUGGCAGGCGGAAAUGGAGAGCAAGCGUCGGCAGCUGGAGGAUGACCGUCGGCAGCUACAGCACCUGAAGUCCAAGGCGUUGCGGGAGCGCUGGCUGCUGGGGGAGACGUCCUCAGCAUCACAGGGGGAUGAGGACAUGCGGAGACAGAUGCGGGAGGACGAGCAGAGGGCGCGGCUGCUGGAGGGGUCCAUCUCCAGGCUCCAGAAGGAGAUUGAGGUGCUGGAGAACGCGGGCCCGCUCACCACCGCUGCUGGAGAGGGCGCCGCAGCCCCAAGCCCGGCCAAGGACGAGAAGACAGAGGUGGCCCUAGAUUCUCGGCAGGCCCCGGUGGGCACGCCCAAAGUACAUAUUGAGCUAGUAUCCGCAUGUGGGAGCGUGGAAGGAGGGCCACCAGCCGGGACUGGAGAGAAAGGAGUCUCCAACACCCCUGUGAGGACGGUCGAAGGCUCCACCAUGAUGAAAGCAGCCAUGUACUCGGUCGAGAUCACGGUGGAGAAGGACAAGGUGACGGGGGAGACCCGGGUGCUGUCCAGCACCACCUUGCUCCCUCGGGAGCCGCUCCCUCAGGGCAUCAAGGUGUACGAAGACGAGACCAAAGUGGUCCACGCUGUGGACGGCACCGCGGAGAACGGGAUCCACCCGCUGAGCUCCUCCGAGGUAGACGAGCUCAUCCACAAGGCCGACGAGGUCACGCUGAGCGAGGCGGGGUCCGCGGCGGGGGCGGCGGAGGCCCGGGGGGCGCCCAAGGAGGCGGCGCAGAGCACCCCGUCCAGGCGGGAGAUCACCGGCGUGCAGGCCCAGCCGGGAGAGGCCACGUCGGGCCCGCCGGGCAUCCAGCCCGGCCAGGAGCCCCCGGUCACCAUGAUCUUCAUGGGCUACCAGAACGUGGAGGACGAGGCCGAGAGCCAGAAGGUGCUGGGGCUGCAGGGCACCAUCACGGCCGAGCUGGUGGUCAUCGAGGACGCCGCGGAGCUCAAGGAGCCCGCCCCGCCCAACGGCAGCGCGGCCGAGCCCCCCGCGGCCGCCGCCUCCCGGGAGGAGAACCAGGUGGGGCCCGAGGCCCCUGCCAGCGACCCCCAGGACCUGGACACGAAGAAGCAGCGUUGUAAAUGCUGCUCUAUCAUGUGAGCCCCCCCGGCCCCCGCCCCCCGCCCCGCCCUCCACCCACAGUCACCCACCGCCCGGCCCGGCGCCUGCCCGCCCUCCACCCACAGUCACGGGCCCCGGACACGCGGCUGUCACAUGGUCCCGCCGAGGGUUCUUUCAAUGGAAAGAGAGGGACGGGGGUCCCCCACCCCAUCGCCACCCCCGACACCCCAUCGCCACUGAACCGUGCACCUGCGCCUGGUAGGACAGCGACACGGACGGACCCACGUUUCCCAACGCGAAGGGCCCCCCCCCGCCCCCCCCCCCCCCCCCCCCCCGCCACGGCCGGGGUUUCGGUGCAGCCGCGGCCGGCGGCCAGCCACCCUCUGGGCCUCCUGCCUGUGCCUUCCUGCCGCCUCCAAUGAGGUCCCCGAGGGGACGUCCUGCCGGGUUAGGGCUCCUGGGGGCCCGCUCUGUCCCCGCUUAGCCCCCGGAAAUGGGGUUUCCCGCCCGAAGCUGUGGCGUCAGAACCCAGGCCACUGGGGUGAGGCCAUGCUUCUUUGGGGAGUCUGGGUCGGAGGUCAGGUUCAGGGUCCUGGAAAGAAGCCAGGCCCCUCUCUCUGAAUACCCCCAGCCUGGUGUGCCCCUCCCCCCAGGCUCUCUCUGGGGUGGCCGGGGGUGAGGGGGGCGGCAUGCUGGAGCCUGGGAAGGGAGAGCCCCAGGGACACGCCCCCGAGGGGGAUGGGUCCGGGACCCCUGCGCUGUCCCCCUGCCACGGGGCCCAGGGCCACGCGAGCCGCUUCUUGUCCUGAGCUCCCACUCCCACUGGGCCCUUCUUCCUCCUGGUGCUAAUUUGGGGACCCUGGGGGGCUGCCCGGGACCUGCUUGGACCAGGGUGCUGGGCCCCUCCAACCAUACCCCAGAGAUCAGGCCACUGCCACUCCAGCGGGCUUGGCACAUUUCCGGCAGUGGUGGGGAGCACGCAGCCUGGAGCGGGGGGCUUCCUCCGCAGGAGACCCCCAUCUGCCGCCCCGCCCGAUGCGAGCCUGUCCCCUUCCCGCCGGGAGGGGGGCGGGGACAGGGGUUGCGCUCCUGGGGGCAGCCGACACCUGGAUGUGCACACACAUCUCCCCGGUUGCAGCCACGUUCGCCCCAGAGGCGCGUUCGUGCACACGCUCACAGACCCUCACGUGUGGGCUGUGGUCGGUGAGGCCCCGUCUCAGCCCCUCCCCUAGGGGCCUCCCACCCGGUGCCCGGGGCGGGCGCAGGGGUCGCCUCUGGUCGCAGCCCAGACCCCGACUCAGCUCUGCCCCUUGGUGGCAGGGGGAGAGGCCCCCUGCGAGGUGACCCUGGGCAGUGGCCGUGGGACCCCCUCUUCCUCCUUGAGUCCUCGAGCUGUGAGCCUCCGCUGAAGUGCCCCUCUGCUUUUGAUGUGUGACAAGGCCUUGUUGUUCUUGACUUUCCCAGAGAAGCAAAUAAACAGUGUGAACAGC